AUGCUUGCGCACAAGGCCGAGGAGGAAGGUAUCUCGUGCGUCGAGUCGAUCGCUGGUGGCCACGGCCACGUCAACUACAACGCGAUCCCGGGCGUCGUGUACACGUUCCCGGAAGUCGCCAGCGUCGGCAAGACGGAGGAGGAGCUCAAGGCCGCCAACGUCGCCUACAACGUCGGCAAGUUCCCGAUGAUGGCCAACUCGCGCGCCCGCACGGUCGGCGAGACGGACGGCUUUGUCAAGAUCCUUGCCGCCAAGGACGACGACAAGAUUCUCGGCAUCCACAUCAUUGCGUCCAACGCCGGCGAGAUGAUCUCGGAAGGCGUCCUCGGCCUCGAGUACGGCGCGUCGGCCGAAGACAUUGGCCGCACGUGCCACGCCCACCCGACCUUGAGCGAAGCCUUCAAGGAGGCCUGUAACGCGGCCUACGACAAGCCGAUCAACUUCUAAAUUGUAACGUCG